UAGUCAUCAUGCUGCUCAAUGCCAAGACUGCAAUCUCCACCUCCAAGGUGCUUCUAGUCCCAUACUCGAAAUGGCAUGUCCCGCGCUAUCACGAGUGGAUGAAAGACCCGGAAAUCCAAGAAGCCACCGCCUCGGAGCCCCUCACACUAGAGGAGGAAUACACUAUGCAACAAAGCUGGCGCCAGGACCCCGAUAAACUGACCUUUAUUGUGUGCCAGCCUGUGUCUGGGCCCCUCACCGACCAAGCCGACAGCCCCGCCAACAUGAUCGGAGACAUCAAUUUGUUUCUGCGCGUCGACGACGGCGAGGAAGGUGGCUCCGAGCCCCUGAUCGUCGGCGAGAUCGAGCUUAUGAUCGCCGAGAAGGGCAAUCAGCGUCGCGGGUUCGGGAAGGCUGCGCUACUAUCGUUUUUGCGGUAUGUAGCGGACCGGGAGGGUGAGAUUUUGGAGGAGUUUGUGCGAGGCGAUGAGGUUGCGAAGGAGGCCAUGGGGAAGAAGGUGGAAAGGGAAUGGGAAGGGGGGUUGAAGUUUUCUUGUUUGAGUGUGAAGAUCGGUCAGGGGAAUGAGCGGAGUUUGGCACUGUUUGAGGGGGCAUCGUUCAAGAGGGUCACGGAGGAGCCGAAUUAUUUUGGGGAGUUUGAGUUGAGGAGGACAGAUUUGGGGAGGGAGAGUAUGAAUAGGGGGCUGGAGAGUGCCGGGGUUAAUGGGUAUGUUGAGAUGGAGUAUGGGAGGAGUGAGCAGGAGGUUGACCAUUACUAGAUAUCCGCAUGGCGAUGAAAAUAGAAGGACGAGAUUAGAAGUCGUUUACAGAGUGGUCAUGUUGCCGUUGGUCUCUGAAGAGUUCUGUGGAUCAUGGCUAUGCGAGCUACGAUGGGAAUCGAACUCUAAGAAUCUACAGGCACUACUACCGAAUGCCC